UUGAUGAAUGUGUGUGUGACAGACGCAGGAUCUGAUGGUCAGCACCGCUCUGAACUGUCUGAAGUCUCUAAUGGGAUUUCUGCACAGACGGAUCCCUGAAACGGCGCAGCACAUGGUGUGUCAGCCGUGGAUUCGGUUCCUGCUCUUCUCUUUACUGUCCUGCGACCAGAGACUGAGAUCUGCAGCGCUGCAGCUGCUCACACUGCUGGUGUGUUUCAGUGGCAGCGUCUCACAGUGGAGGACUGAAGUUGAGUCUGUGUGUGAGGAGAUUGAGAAACGAGGAGCGACAAGCCUCACUGAAGACAGCACACACACACUGACACUGAUGCUCACACAGUGUUGUGCUGUUUCUCCUCCUGAUGAUCUGAGGAUGAGGAUGGAGUCUAUACAAGAGUCACUCAAACAUCUUCCUCGCUCUGAGAGCUCAAGCAGACACAUGCUUCGGGUUGGACGGGUCUCUGUCUGUCUGUCUGAUUUUACAGUCAGUUCUCAGGACCUAUGAAACACACACACACACAGUAACACUUCUGAUGAGACACUUCUUGAUUUCUGUUCUUCACACUUCUGUUCUCCCUAUAUAUUUACAUUAAUAAUUAUUAGUUAUGUAAUUUUAAGCAGUUUAUUGUUUUAAUUUUAGUAACAAAAAUGGUUACUGAUUAAUAUUCAUUUUUACUUUUUUAUACUCACUGUUUGUUGUGUUUUAAUACAGUAAUUGAUUGAUUCAAUGUAUUUGACAGUUAAAAUGACUACAAAAUCAUAUUUUCGU